AUGCGCUUCCUAUUCGCUCUAGUUCUCAGUGUGCUCCUGUGUCUGCUGCUGGCUCCGGAGGGCAGUAGAGGGUCAUCCACAUCCUCGCCGGCGACUACAACCACCGACUCCUCUGCCACCACUACCACAGCUUCAUCCGCCACCACCACCACUACUGCCUCCUCCGCAUCCACCACGACCACUGCCUCCUCUUCCUCCUCCUCCUCCUCGGCGGAGGCCAGGAGACGCAGACGUGCUCGCCGCCGUCGCCUGGCUCGUGAGCGCCGUCGUCGCCAGGAGCGGAGACAGCGCCAGGAAAAGAGGAGGCGCAGGAUGGAGCAGCUGCUGGCGAGGCAGCGCCGCCUGAUCAAUCAGCUUCAGGGAUAA